AUGAACUAUCCAAUUUGAUCUGGCUUUUUGGGCCCACAUCAACUCCUCUCAAUUUAGUAAUUCCUCAAGUUCCUCUCUGCAAACUCUCUCCCUCCUUACAUCUUCACUAGUCACAAUGGAGUUUUGAAUCUGUUGUAAUUGACUCUGUUUCCUCUUUAUAUCAAUUUCCACUUUUCCAAAAGCUUUUCUAUUUCAUUCUAGAGCCUUCUGUUCAACAUUAAAAUCUGUUCAUAGUAAAGGGUCUAAGUAAGGAAAGCAGUGGUGGUGGGGACACAACGUUUUGUCGCGUGCGUUUUAAGUGUGUUCGUGCGUCUUUGACCCGUUCACCUCUCUUCUUCUGCUGACUCUCUACAGUGUGUACUUCUCUCUUCUUCAUAUCCCUGUAUGGUAAAUAAUACCAAACCCAUCACAAUACACCAAAAAUAAAUAUCAUAAAAAAAAAAAAAAAGGAAAAAAGACAUUGACUUGCAAAACGAUCGGUCAACGGGGUUCGAGAAUUUUAAUGAUUUUUGAACCCAGAAGUGGUUCAGAGACUUUGUAAUAACAACUCAAGAGUUUUAUUUAAGGAUAUAUGGAAUUAUUAUUAUCAAUGGAGCGGUUGGUGGCUUUGGUUUCGGUUUGCGCUUUUCUCUGUUCAAUUCUGUUGUUUGGUUUUGUAUCAAAGGUUUCUGCUAAUGCCGAAGGCGAUGCUUUGAAUGCAUUGAAGACCAAUUUAGCUGAUCCAAACAAUGUUCUGCAAAGUUGGGAUCCUACCCUUGUGAAUCCCUGCACAUGGUUCCAUGUAACAUGUGAUAGCGAAAAUAGUGUGACACGAGUUGAUCUUGGAAAUGCAAAUCUUACUGGUACACUGGUUCCACAACUUGGUCAGCUUUUAAAUCUGCAAUACUUGGAACUUUAUAGUAAUAACAUAACUGGACCAAUCCCUGAGGAGCUUGGGAAUUUGACAGACUUGGUGAGCUUGGAUCUUUACUUGAACAAUUUAAACGGAGGGAUUCCAUCCACAUUGGGCAAGCUUCAAAAACUUCGUUUUCUGCGUCUGAACAACAACACCUUGAAAGGAGAAAUUCCCCGAAUAUUAACUACAGUUCAAUCACUUCAAGUCCUAGAUCUGUCAAACAACCGUUUAACAGGAGAUAUUCCCAUAAAUGGUUCCUUUUCAUUAUUUACUCCUAUCAGUUUUAAAAAUAAUCUACUCAAUAAUCCCCCUGCCUCUCCACCUCCUCCUCUUCCUCAAGCACCACCAACUUCUACUCCAGGUAGUUCCACAGGACCAAUUGCUGGAGGAGUUGCUGCUGGUGCUGCUCUACUUUUUGCUGCCCCUGCAAUUGCGCUUGCCUGGUGGCGACGAAGGAAACCACAGGAUCAUUUCUUUGAUGUACCUGCUGAAGAAGAUCCAGAAGUUCACCUGGGCCAGCUCAAGAGAUUUUCUCUGCGUGAACUGCAAGUUGCAACAGAUACUUUUAGCAACAAAAAUAUUCUGGGAAGAGGUGGGUUUGGAAAAGUUUAUAAAGGACGUUUGGCUGAUGGUUCUCUAGUGGCAGUAAAAAGGCUCAAAGAGGAGCGUACCCAGGGUGGGGAGCUGCAGUUCCAAACUGAGGUAGAAAUGAUAAGCAUGGCUGUGCAUCGUAAUCUUCUUCGUCUUCGUGGGUUUUGCAUGACACCAACAGAACGGUUGCUUGUUUAUCCCUUUAUGGUAAAUGGAAGUGUAGCAUCAUGUUUAAGAGACCGUCCGGAAUCACAGUCUGCACUUGAUUGGCCUGUACGUAAACGAAUUGCAUUAGGAUCUGCAAGGGGGCUUGCUUAUUUGCAUGAUCAUUGUGAUCCUAAAAUUAUUCACCGUGAUGUAAAAGCUGCAAACAUAUUGUUGGAUGAGGAAUUUGAAGCAGUAGUUGGAGACUUUGGGUUGGCUAAACUUAUGGAUUACAAAGAUACUCAUGUGACCACUGCUGUACGUGGCACAAUUGGGCAUAUAGCACCAGAGUACCUCUCAACUGGAAAGUCUUCAGAAAAAACUGAUGUUUUUGGAUAUGGGGUCAUGCUUCUUGAACUAAUAACUGGUCAAAGAGCUUUUGAUCUUGCUCGGCUUGCAAAUGAUGACGAUGUCAUGUUACUUGAUUGGGUGAAAGGACUUCUUAAAGAUAAGAAGUUGGAGGCACUAGUGGAUGCUGAUAUGCAGGGUGAAUAUGUUGAGGACGAGGUGGAAGAGCUGAUCCAAGUGGCGCUACUUUGCACACAAGGCGCCCCAAUGGAACGGCCGAAGAUGUCAGAGGUAGUUAGAAUGCUUGAAGGUGAUGGCUUGGCAGAAAGAUGGGAAGAGUGGCAAAAGGAAGAAAUGUUCCGACAAGAUUUUAAUAGUAUGCAUAAUCCAAACGCUACUUGGAUCCUCGACAACAACUCUACUUCCCAAAUCCCUCCAGAUGAAUUGUCCGGUCCCAGAUGAUCCUAAAUUUCAUGGUUCCAUUCGUAGCAUGCAUAUAAAUUUCAAAUCGUUGCUUUCAUC